AUGCCAUGGUCCAUCGCCCUCCCACAGGCGAUCUUCGAAUCGCCCCUUCUCUCAACGCUGACCCCCGUCGCGACUGGCUCCGCGGUAGGCUAUCUAGUGAACCGCCAUGGAACAAAACCAAAAUACGCCAGCCUCGAACAGCCCCCCUUCUCCCCACCGGCCUGGCUCUUCCCACCCGUCUGGACCCUGCUGUAUGGAAUCACAGGAUACGCCGCGCACCACGCAACACGGACAACACUAGAUCCGGAACGAGCAACAGGUCAAACGCUCUACACAGUGCAGUUGGUUCUCAAUCACUUCUGGAUGCCUCUAUUCUUUGGCCUGCGGAAACCUGCGCUUGCGGCGGGGGAUAUCUUGCUGCUAGGUGGGACGGUGGCGGCGCUGAUGCGGAAUUGGUGGGAGAGUGAUCGUGUUGCGUUUUGGCUGUUUGUGCCGUAUGCGGGAUGGUUGGGCUAUGCGACGUAUUUGAAUUUUGGGGUUGGCAUCCUGAAUGGGUGGCGUGUUCCUGAGCUUGAGGAGAAGGGGAAGGGGAGGGAGGAGUGAUAAGUACAUGGCCAUUGAAGAGCUGUCAGUGCAGUUUCAGUGUCAGUGUCAGUACCAGUUAGUUCAAUGCGGGAAUUCCUUAUAGACUGCUCUGGCAUUGGUUCGUGUGAUAUAUAUCUCUCGGCGCAUAAUUGGCUGGUGAGGCUGAGAACAGGGAAGAUGUCGUCUCUGAAACCACGAAGGAUCAGACCAAGUUCCCAAGCUUCUGAUAAGCGUGCUUGCAGUGCAGACAGCUAUUAUUAGACCCCGAAAUGGUGAUGCCUAAAGGAUCGGCGUCGAAUUGGGGCCGAAACUGAGACCUGUAUACAGCUCCAGAGGCCUCGCGAAUCCGAAGAGUAAAUGAGAAAGUAGUAUGCAGUACAUGAAUGAUUAAAUGGUCCGCAAGAGCAUAUUGCGAUUCAAAAUGAGGUUGUAUAAUAAAAUUUGACUGGUUUACUGGAUUCAGAUGGUG